AUGCAGAAGCUCUCUGCUUAUAGCCCGACCGGGUUCCAGAUUUCGGGAGACCCCCUCUUCGACCCACCUAUUGGAGAUCACCAGGAUGGCGAAGCCAUAAGCCUUGUGUUCUUGAUCAGCCUGUCAGUUACCUUCGCAGUAUUGAUGCUGAUGCUGAUAAUAGUAGCCGUCUACGUGACGUUUUGCAGCACCGACGAGUCUGAGUAUGACGAGGAAGUGGCGUCCGCGUUGCCCAACCUGUUCAAGAAGAAGCGUAGCGGGGUUCUGCUGGAUGGCUCGUUCCUCACUCCAGGCCAAUACGACGACGAGCAAGCCCUCCUCGAACAGGAGGCACAGGAAUUGCCCCGCAUGUCAACGUUUGAGGUCGAACUGUACCAGCGGUGCCGCGAGUUUCAAAAAAUGUGUCCUCCCAUUGUAAAGGAGUUUGGAACAUAUACGAACAUCAACGACAAGCAGUUCAUCAAGGACCGGGGCAUCCAGAGUUAUUAUUUUCUGCCCUCCAUCAACGACAACGUCGACCAGUACGGGAAUUUUCUGCCCAGUUUCAUCGUUCAGGACAAACUCGAUGUUACGUUCACCAAAUUCAACAGAAGCUCUUCUGCGGUAAUGAACUACCCACUUCCGCACAACAAGAAAGACGCAGUCUACUUCGAGGUCAAGGUGUUCAAGUAUCCCGCCAAAUCUAACUCGAUCUUCAGCUGCGGCCUGGUGACGUGUCCGUACCCCUACUUUAGAAUGCCCGGCAUGGCACAGUUUUCCAUAGCAUACGAGUCAACAGGCAAGCUGCGGAUGAAUAAUCCAUUCUAUGCUAACACAUUGUUGCCUAAGCUUCAGGAGGGUGAUGUCAUAGGGUUUGGGUACCGGUAUAAAACUGGGACCAUCCUAAUUACGCAUAACGGUAAAAAACUAAUGGAUCUGACGCACAAUGUUGGAAUCGACCUAUUUAUCGGUAUUGGCGCAAUGAAUGCUGCGUACACAAGAAGCUACACGCGAGAGGGCCUGAUGGAGGAUUGUGAUAAUGUGUCCUUGCGCGAGCGCAUACUUGCAAGCGACAUGGAUCAAAAGGCGCCUCGAGCAAUACACGAACAGUUGGAAAAUGUUCACGACUCGCAUGAUGAGGAUUUAGCAUCUGAUGAAAUUGAAUUGCAAGUCAACUUAGGACAGCUGGGGUUCGUAUAUGUGGAAGCCAACGUAAAGAAGUAUGCAUUCGGAAGCGUCUACGGAGAAAUCGGAGUACCGCCAGCAUACAACGGAGACGAGAUCAAAAAGGACGUUGUACUGCAAAAGGGCGAAGACUUACCCCCAAUGUAUCCAACUGAAGAGUUGGCACCGCUGGCGGAAACAACGGUAACGAUUCGUGAAGGCGAACCAAGCUCUAAAGAUCUGGAAGAGUAUGAGAAUAGGUCAUCAACUUUUGAUCGAGAAGAUGGAGCUGAGGAGGUGCGCCCACUGAAGCCUAGGAGCAACAAGAAAAAAAAUCGGAAGAAAAACCGCAAGCGCGGCGCAAAGCGCGGUUUCAAGUGA